AGCCAUACACCAGCAAAGAUUUAUAAUUUUUUCCCAAGGAACACUGUCUGAGCCUCUGCACACACCCUGAACAACCGCAGCGCAACCCCUGUGAACUCCAGCUUGGGACACAUCCAUCAAUAAAAAAAGAAGUUAUUAGGGUGAGCUUUACAGAAAAGGUCGCAGCCAGGCCUGGGAACAGUUUAAAAAAGAAAACACCCACCCUCAGCUUAAGGUCACGCACGGCUUCCUCGGCGCGUCCCUCCCGAGCAGACCUCGCUGCCGGCGCGCGGAUGCAGCGCAUAUAAGCGCCGGGUGCUGCAGCGUGCCGCGGUCCAGCGCUGCCUCCCGCCCCGGCGCUCCCGCGGGGACGGCACGGGGAUAGCGAGGCAACAGCGUCUGAAGAGCCGAAAGACUGCCCAGCUGCAGAGUAAGAGCUAAUGGGCAGAACGGAGAAGACGGAAGGCUUCGCACUGAGCAGUCACCCAGGCAAAGAAGAGGUCCUGCGCCUGAGGAUGGAAGGCUCUCCAGACCCUUAACACCUUCACGAACAGCACCACGACAGCUGAACCGAGAAAGGAGCAAAGAUAUUGUAAGAUGUUCGACUCGAGCACCAACUCAUCGGAAAACAACUGCACUCACAGUACAGUAAUAACCAAGAAAGUCAUUCCCCUGGUCUACUGUUUGAUUUUCAUAGUAGGACUCUCGCUGAACGGCAUGGCAGCAUGGAUCUUCCUGCACGUUUCCAGCAAGAAGAGCUUCAUCGUUUAUCUCAAAAACAUCGUCAUUGCCGACCUUCUAAUGAGCCUGACGUUUCCUUUCAAAAUCCUAGCUGAUUCAGAAAUUGCACCUCCACAGCUUAACGCUUUUGUGUGCCGAUACUCUGCUGUUGUGUUUUAUAUAAACAUGUAUAUUGGAAUAACAUUUUUUGGCCUCAUAGGUUUUGACAGAUACUACAAAAUUGUAAAGCCUUUAUUUACCUCUGUUGUUCACACAGUUAACUAUAGUAAGGUUAUCUCCAUAAUCAUAUGGCUAUUGUUAAUGUUUUUAUCACUUCCAAAUAUGAUUUUAACUAAUGAAAUCACUGAAGCAAACUAUUCCAGAAAAUGCAUAGGUCUUAAAAGCGAGCUUGGCAGACAGUGGCAUAAGGUGUCAAGCUAUAUUUGCAUUGGGAUUUUCUGGAUUGUGUUCCUUCUGUUAAUCAUUUUUUACACCUCUAUUUCGAAAAAGAUAUAUAGCUCCUAUAAAAAGUUCAGAAAGAGCUCAGAAGUGACCAAGAAAAAGACCAGUCGCAAUAUAUUCAGCAUCAUGUUCGUAUUUGUCGUUUGCUUCGUGCCAUACCACCUCUGCAGAAUACCAUACACGCUAAGCCAAACGAGCUCCCAGUUCAACUGCCAGUCAACGAAAGCCCUGUUCUACGCAAAGGAGUUCACCCUCAUCUUAUCUGCUGCAAACGUGUGCCUUGAUCCCAUUAUUUAUUUUUUCCUCUGCCUGCCCUUUAGAGAAAAACUGUAUCAAAAACUGCAUCGCAAGCUGAAAACUUCAGGAGAGGUUGAAAUUUCUAAAUCCAGAAGGUCAAAUACUCUUCGGGAAAGCAUAAAUACUGUGUAAGUUCAGAUAUGUAAAAAUAACACGUUAUUGAAAGUUAUUCAAGACUGCAAAUGUCUCAAAAAGAAACUGAAUAAAUGAGAAUCUGCAAAAAAAAGGUUUUGGCAUAAGAUACCAAUUAGCAGUUCUCUGUAUUAAAACAUUAUUGCUUACUACCACUAUAUUUACUACAGGCUACUUCAGUUGAAGAUAUGGUUGUAUUAUGGUGUGAACUGACCUAUUUGGAUCUCAAAAGCAGAGAGGAAUAACUGGAAUAAAAAAAAAAAAAUUCACGGAGCUCCAGGCUGCGGUUCUCAGAAAGGAUUAUCCAACAGACCUAGUGAUCAAACUGAUUUGCUUUUGUUCGGCCUGAAGCCAGGCAUGAGCACACACGAAGAGGAACAAACCUGCCCGAAGGGGCUGGGAACAGCCGAUCGUCCGUCUCCACUGGAACAGACUCCCCAGAGCAACACUACAAAGUUCAGCGCAAGCCUGUUUGACUUGGCCUCUACCAGCCAAAGAAAGAGCACCGAGACCCUGAGGGAAGAUCUCAUGUAUUCACCAGCUCAGAAAGCACCCGAGACAAUGCACAGCUCAAUCCCAACAGCUGCAAAAAUAGAAUGAAAGGGAAUUUAAAAAAUACAGCUCAGAUCAAAUCCUCAAAAGUCUGUGCAGCGCCUGCAAAAUCUUUGGUAGCAUUUAUAAAAAUACACUGUUUUUCUUAAGGGAAAUACCCUAUAAAAUUAAGAAAUUAAACAAUAUGACUAUUUGUAGCCCACAGAACCCACAGGCAGGAAAAAGAAGAGAAUUUCUAUAAAAUGCUGUGCUCAGUAUAAGGAAGUGUUUUAAGGGGAAUCAUUUCACAGACUAAGCAGCACAGUUGAAUUGUACCGUAUUUCUCAGGACUUUUCCCAGACAACAGGGUAUACACCAAGAGUGUUUACGCCAGAUUGACUGAGACUUUAACAACUCUGCUCUUGUUGCUGCAGACGGAGGUAAGAACAUUAAGGAGCAGUUUGAGAACAAACGCACAGAGCUGCCCAGAAACCGUGGGAUAUAUUCAAAUCCAGAUAGAAUGAUUUGGUUGUUUGCCUAUGUUUUUGGCACCAUGAUGAAACAUUUCUCUUUGUACAAAGGUAAUAGCUGAAAGUCAUCUACAUUUCAUAUAUAAAUAUAAUCUAAUUUUAACUGUA